UAUUUGAUGUUCUGUGGGAUAAACUGCUCAAAUUUUUCCACUUAAUUUACUUCAUAAAUCGUAAACCAUAAUGCCUCAUAUUUUUUCUUGUAGAAAUCUGGAAUUUUUAAAAUCAUUAAGAUUUAAGGAUGAGGAUAUACAGACACUCACCUCAGUAGAGCAGAAAGGAGUUGAAGAGGAAGUAUUCAUUAAAUACUCCUUGUUUCACAACCCUACAAAUAAUUCUUCAUCUAUACCAGAUCUUAUUAGGCACAAACAUGCAUUUUUUCUAAAUAAUACCUUAAGAAGAGUAUCUAGGGGUUAUGAGGCUUUGGAUGCCAGUCGAACUUGGAUUUGUUAUUGGGUGUUGCAUUCGUUGAGCCUAUUAGAUAUUAAAAUUUCGGAUAAGGUGAAGACAGCUUGUAUAAAAUUCCUGGCAAAAUGUCAAAAUUCAGAAGGAGGAUUUGGGGGUGGUCCAGGACAAAUUUCUCAUUUAGCUCCAACUUAUGCAGCUGUUAAUGCCUUAAUUAUAAUUGGUACUAAAGAAGCAUAUGAUGUUAUCAACAGGGAAAAAUUAUUAGAUUUUUUAUGGUCUUUAAAGCAAGAAAAUGGAUCUUUCUGUAUGCAUGUUGAUGGUGAAAUUGACAUAAGAGGAGUCUAUUGUGCCCUAUCCGUAGCCGAAUUAACUAAUACCUCUUCAAAUGAGUUAUUUGAUAAAACUGCUGAAUGGAUCAUCAGCUGCCAAACUUAUGAAGGUGGUUUUGGAGGUUGUCCAGAUAUGGAGGCACAUGGAGGUUAUGCAUUUUGUGGAUUGGCAGCUCUCACAAUAUUGAAGAAACAGCAUCUUUGUGAUAUACCAGCUCUUUUGAGAUGGUUGGUUCACAGACAAAUGAGAUUUGAAGGUGGUUUCCAGGGUCGAACAAAUAAGUUGGUCGAUGGCUGCUAUUCUUUUUGGCAAGGAGCAGCUUUAGCAAUUAUAAACAUGUUUAUCGAUAAACCUCCCAAGAAUUACCUUUUUGAUAACAAGGCACUACAGGAAUAUAUCCUUAUAUGUGCCCAGCAUGCUAAUGGUGGAUUGAUAGACAAACCAGGAAAACAUAGAGAUGAAUAUCAUUCUUGUUAUGUUCUGAGUGGUCUCUCCAUAGCCCAACAUCUCAUACCAAAUGUCGAAAUUUUAGGUACUUUGAAAAACGAAGUUAAAAUUACACAUCCUGUUCACAACAUCCGCCUUGAUUUGUGCAAUAAAGCAAUCAUGUACUAUUCAGCAAAGGGGUCACAAUUUUAAAAGAAACCUCAAAAAUGUGAAUAAUUGGAAUUUCAAUAUUGAUUCAAUCAAGGAUUGUAGUUUUUUACAAAUAACAAAUUUUUAUCGUACUGGUAUAAUCAUUUGUUUUGAUUACCAAAAAUUUUUAUAUGGAAAAUCCAGCAAAAGAUUUCGGUUGCAGUUUUUUUGCUUCUUUCGUUUUGAUGCAGCUCAAUCAGGAAGUCUACUAGUUUGAAGUACAACACUAUAUCAGAGUUGGACUCUACUUUUGUGUUCAAUAUUUAUAAGUCUCAUAUCCAAGUUGUUGAGCAAGGACUACUUUUUAAUCUCAUAAAGAACUCAAUUUAUUUAAAAGAAGGCUAAUUCAAAAUUCAUAUUUUGAAUUAUUUUGUAAAUAAAAGAUAAGAAAU